AUGCCUCCCAGAAGGACCAACACCAUCAAUACUGCCAUUACCAAUGUUAAUGCACCACACUCAAGUCUAGCCAUGUGGAGGAAAGAAGAGGCUGACCAGUGGGCUGCCCUCUGCAAGUUCUGGUCAGUGGAUGACAGAGAGCAUCCAGCUUGGGCACAGAAUAAGGAUGAUCUGGGGACAUACAGGGAUGUUGCCCAUAAGUACAUUGGGGACUUCACUGGGGAUGUGCUCUGCUGGAUGACCAAGGGCAUGGUAGAGCAUUUGGGUCCCAGUGCUCAGGCCAUGUGGAUUCAUAUGCACAUGAACAGACAUGGAGUUGUAGAGGCUGACUAUGAACUCAAUAUACCUGAGCUCCCCUCCACUGCAGAGCAGGCCAUCCUGCACAAUGUGGAAGGUGCCACAGACCCUUCCCCCCCUCCCCCUCCUCAACCCAAGCCUACUGCGGCGAAGAGGAAGAAGCCCCUCAACCUUGUUAGCAAGGUUACCAUCACCAUGGAGAAGGCUCCCCACCAUUACCCAACAUGCCAAAAUUGUGGGUGUCCCCAGAAGUCUUCAAGUGACAGCAUGGAUGCCAUAGAACCCCUCCCCAAGCAAAGGAAGACGGCAGCAGGCUCCAAGAAGACUCCCGCCCUUUUGGCCACCAAUAACAACAAUAACGGCAAUACUGCCAAUAAUGAUGACCCAGAGACCCAGGAUCAGCAAACUGCAAAUGACAGGUCCAGUCAGGAGAAGAGCACAGAGGAGGGAGGAAACAAGCAGGAUGACAAGGAAGAUGAGGAGGAGAGGGAGUAUUGUGUGACCAGGGACCCAAUGAAUGCAAUGAGUAGUUUAAUGGACCUUGUUGAAGAUGGGGUGUACCACUGUAAUGCCAACAACAUCAAAAACAAGGCAAUUCCUCCUCCCCCUCCUGAAGGAAAGUGGCUCUAUUUCCCAGUCGCUUGUGAGCCAUGCCACCAAAAUCACAUGAAGUGCUUUAGGCUGCCUGGCAUUUCAAAGAAAUGCUACAACUGCUGCAUCAAGCAUGGGAAGUGUUGCAAUGUUGGCCUUCUAGAUGGCUGUUUGCACUGCACUGCUGUGAAGAGCAAGAGGACCAAGGGGCAGAUUACCCAGGAGAUCAAGGCCCUCCAGGAUCAUCUCAAGGACCUGAAGGAGGAAUGCAAGGAGGCCCCAGACACUGAGUCUGAGAGUGAGGGGAGUGGUGAGGAUGAGUGA